AUGCCUCCACGAAACAACCCUCUCCCUGCCGCUGUGCGCCUCUUCAAUUGCACAAUAUGCGACAAAGGAUACCCCCGCCAACUCGAUUAUGAAAACCACCUCCGCUCUUAUGAUCACAACCACCGCCAGCGCCUUGCAGACAUGAAGAAGCUAACUGCUUCCAACGAAGGCGAGAGCAGCACGAAACCUAAACAAGGCCUGGAUAUGCGCAGUAUAGAUGUUGAAAAUGCGAACAAGAAGCCUGGUGUCGGAAGUCGGUUCACCAAGAUUGGUGGUAGUGGCGGGGCAGCAGCGGCGGGGAGCAGGUUCAAGAAAGUGGGGGUCGCGGUGGGAGGAAAGGAGAAGGAGGCUGGACCUGAAGCUGUUGAAGUAAAGAAGGACGAGGAAGGGACCAAGACUGAGGCCAAGAUUCAAGAACCUGUUGUUGCCGCUACUGCUACUCCUGCUACCAUACCUAGCUCACAGACGGAUAUCAAGGAGGAUACUAUCAUGAUAGAUGAAGGUGCGCGGGAAACUAUCACAUGGGAAGAAUACGAUUUUACUAAGCCAACGGGAUGUGAUCACACGAGCUGUCCGGGUUGCAAGACAGAUGGCAUCUGGAGUGGCGAGUGGGUUGCUGUGGGCGGGACCUGA